CUUUGUUAUAGAUAGUUUUCAUAUGACGUCAUGCUACCGGAAGUUUCGCUCAGGCGCCAUUUUGUGGGUCAAGCUGUGUUUACAACCAGAAUUUUUAUUAUUUAAGGGAAAAUUAUGUAACCGAGACAAUGGUUCAUACAUGUGUUGUUCACGGGUGUAGAAACAGGUCAGAUGAUCCCGAGAAACGGAAAUUCUUCACCAUUCCUGCAGUGCGUACGACAGAAGGCGAGAGAACUAAAGAACUUAGUGAACAAAGACGUAUGUUAUGGAUUGCGCGUAUAUAUCGGAAAGACUUCCAACCAUCCAAAUAUUCUAAAGUCUGCUCAGAUCAUUUCAUAUCAGGUGAAAGAGCAGACCUAUAUGAUUUUGCAAACCCAGACUGGGCCCCAUCUUUCAAUAUGAAUACGAAAGACCAGCAAUGCCCAGAGGGGAGAAUGGAGCGCCAUGAAAGGUUAAAGAAACGUUUGGAAUCAAAGAAAUUACAGGAGGCAGCUACCUCAGCAUCGAUUAUUGAACAUCCAGAGUACGCCCAGCCACGGUCGAACCCAGUGUGUGCUUUUAUAUUCAAGGGAAGAUUAGAAAAUGAAACCAGUGGCACAGAAUGUACCUUGAAGAAUUCCAAUGAUCGGCAAGACUUCUUAAUGAAAAUAAAAGAAGAAUGUAAGCAACUCAUUUGUGAAAACUCAUCUUUGAAAUUGCAAAUUAACAGUGUCAGAACUUUCAAUGUAGAUACAUUUUCUGGAGAUGACAGAAAAGUGAGUUACUACACAGGGUUACCUAGUUUCAUCACUCUCAUGGCCCUUUUCAAUUUUAUUGAACCUUACAUACCAGACAGUCCAAGGAUUUCAGUCACAAAAUUCCAAAAAUUUAUACUGGUUUUGAUUCGACUUAGACUUAAUGCACCAGUGCAAGAUCUUGCAUACCGUUUCCAAAUUGGAACAUCAACAGUGUCAAGAAUUUUUCUUACAACCCUCCAUGUGUUAUAUGUUCAGUUGAAAGACUUCAUCUAUUGGCCAACCAGGGAGGAGCUGCGAAAAACUAUGCCAAUGGAGUUUCGAAAAUACUUUGGCCUUAAAGUGGCUGUUGUGAUUGACUGUUUCGAGAUUUUCAUAGAAAGACCAUCCAAUUUACUUGCACGAGCUGCUACAUGGUCGUCAUACAAGCACCAUAACACUGUUAAAUAUUUGAUAGGUAUAACACCUCAGGGAUGCAUAUCUUUUAUAUCGGAAGCAUGGGGAGGUAGAACGAGCGACAAACACAUAACCGACCACAGUGGCUUUUUAAAUAAACUUUUACCAGGAGAUAUUGUUCUUGCAGACAGGGGCUUUGACAUCCAUGAGAGUGUGGGACUUGUGUGUGCUGAAGUGAAAAUCCCAAAUUUUACGAAGGGAAAAACUCAACUUUCUGCUAGAGAAAUUGAAAACACUCGCAAAAUUGCCCAUGUCCGCAUCCAUGUUGAGAGAGUUAUUGGACUAUUGCGAAAUAAGUAUAUGAUAGUUACCGAUACUAUGCCAGUUGACUUUUUAGUGACUUCUGAAGAAAACCAGGUUCCAGUGGUAGACAAAAUUGUUACUGUAUGCUGUGGACUUACAAACUUAUGCCAAUCUGUAAUUCCAUUUAACUAAUGUAUACUGUAUCGCAGUGUAUGUUUUUGAAUUGGGAAUAAUGUGGAAUAAAUCCAAUGUUGUUGAUAAACCUGAAACUGUAUGCCAUUCAUUAACAUGAUUAAUGUUUGUUUUUGCAUUUCUUUAUAUGUGAAAUAAAUUUCUCUGAUUUCCAUGAA